AUGGUCUCUGAGUCGCCGUCGACUCCGGCGUCGUCUGUGACGCCGACUCCUGGUGUGCUGUGGGUGACCUGUAAUAUCAUGAAGCGCGAGCCACAUCUGUCCGAGGAGUUAUUCGACAGUUGGUAUGAAGAGCACCUUACCGAUGUCCUCAACACUCCGGGCAACGGUGGUUUAGCUUUGAGAUAUAUCAACGCUGACGCGUCUGUCGACCUGUGGAGCGAUCCAGACUUUGCAAGCCGCUAUGCAGCGCCUGCGGCGGCGCUCGAAAGAAUCAGAGACUUCUCAUGGAAAGCGUUGGCCUUGGUAAAGCUGUCAGACGUGGCGUGGUGUGCCAGCCAACCGUUCAAUGAUAUGCCGAGGACCAGCAAACAGGUCCCACAAGAGCCAGACGGAAGCGAUGGCAGUGUUUUUAACUGCUGGCAUGCGGGUCUAAGAACGUAUGAGACCGUCGAUCGCAAGGACGGGGUAAAGGCAGGCUCGAAGUGGUUGGUGAGCGUUCAGACGGAGAGCGCCGACAAGGGCAGCUUCGACAAAGUGCUAGAGGCAUAUACAGCGAAAACUGGCUGCCAGGGAUAUGUCGCAUACAGAUUGGUAGAAGGCCUUUUGCCCUACCCGGAGCCUCCUUCUCCAGGAAACUUGCCCCAGGGCAUGGUUAUUAUCGAGUUCGACGGCGAAAAGCCGUCGGCGGAGGUGAUCGUCGGGGCCAAAGUCGUCAGGAUAGACGUCUGGGAUCGGAAGCUUGCGCGUGGAGAUCUGGAACUCGGCCUGUAG